GCGGGGCGGGAGGCCGGUCGUCAAGAAGGGCGGGCCGGGCAGGGGCGCCGCGGCGUCGGGAGGCGAGAGGGCCUCCUCGGCGUCCUCGCGGAGCGGGCUCGUCUUCCCCGUGCACCACUUCAGGGAGAAGCUGAAGAAGGGCAAGUACGCCAGCCGCGUGGCGGCUGGUGCGCCGAUCUACCUGACCGCAGUUAUCGAGCACAUCGUCGCCGAGAUCCUCGACCUCGCGGGGGGCGCUGCCGCGGGCAAGAGCAACAAAAGGGGGCCAAUCAUCUUGCCGCGGCAUAUCCAGCUUGCGUUCCGCGACGACAAGGACCUGGGCAGGUACUACAGGCACGCAACCAUCGCGACCGGAAUCGUGCUGCCUCCGGCCCCGCCCGCGCAGACGUAG